AAUGAUUUCCAUUUGGUUCUUGUAGUUCCCUCCCACACCACACAACGCAACGCGUUGUUGCGUCUCUUUUGGAGUGAGUCUGGUUAGGGCUGUUAUGGAGUUCAUACAGAGCCGCGUGGAGCCAUGGAUCAAGGACCAGCGGGAGAAGCUGUUGGGCCUGAAGGACAAGGUGUCGUGGGGCCCACUCCAGUGGCGGAUGAAGUGGCCGUGGGCCUCCCACCGUGAGCACAAGAAGCGGAUCCAGGAGGAGUACCAACGCCUCACCAACCUCUGCCGCGCUCUCAAGGCGGACUCCGUCUCCGAUUUGCAGGACCUUCUCUGCUGCAUGGUCCUCUCCGAGUGCGUCUACAAGAGACCUGCUGGUGAGAUGAUUCGAGCUGUAAAUAAAUUUAAGGCAGAUUUUGGUGGACAAGUUGUUGCUUUGGAGAGGGUGCAACCAUCGUCAGAUCAUGUUCCUCAUAGGUAUUUGUUGGCAGAGGCAGGUGACACUUUAUUUGCUUCCUUUAUCGGAACAAAGCAGUACAAGGAUGUCAUUGCUGAUGCAAAUAUACUUCAAGGUGCCAUCUUUCAUGAUGAUGCUGUUGAGGAAUCUGAAAAAAAUGAAUCAACUGAAUCUGACAAUGAUGAAAGCCAUAAUGGAAAAGACUAUACAUGGAAUCCUCUACAAUCCAGGUCUAAGAAACCGAAGAAGAAAUACAAACCUGCAGCUCAUAGGGGUUUCAUGGCUCGUGCUAAAGGAAUACCUGCUUUAGAAUUAUAUAGGCUUGCUCAAAAGAAGAAAUGCAAACUAGUUCUAUGUGGUCAUUCACUUGGUGGAGCAGUAGCUGCAUUAGCUACUCUUGCCAUUUUGAGAGUAAUUGCUGCUUCAUCUUCAUCUUCAUCAAAGGAAAAUGAAAAAGUCUCUAUCAAAUGCAUUACAUUUUCUCAACCUCCUGUUGGAAAUUCUGCUUUGAAGGACUAUGUUAAUAGAAAAGGUUGGCAGCAUUAUUUUAAGAGUUACUGCAUUCCAGAAGAUCUGGUUCCCCGUAUUUUAUCUCCAGCUUAUUUUCACCAUUAUAAUGCUCAGACUCAGCCAGGGCCUUCUGAAAAUGAAACUGACAGCUCAUUAUUGAGAAAAAACAAGCAAGGGUCAGGGAAGCUUAAUGCAGAGCAGUUGGUUUUGGGGGUAGGGCCUGUGCAGAGAUCAUUCUGGCGACUCUCAAGGCUAGUCCCUUUGGAAGGUCUACGGAGACAAUUUAGUACAGGCAGAGAAAGACCAAUCAGUUCCAAUGAAAGAAAUUCAUUCCCUGAUUCUCUUGCAACUACUUUGAAUGAGGAGGAAGUAGUUGCACCACAGUUGCUUGAAAUACAAGAGGGUUCUGAUGGCAUAUCACUGAAGCCUUUACCUGAAGCUGAUAAACAUUCACUAGAGGUUCCAAUUAAUGGGAAAACAGAUGCAACCAACAAUGUGAUGACUGGAGAUGAGAAAAAGUGGCGCAGAGUGCCUUAUUUGCCUUCAUAUGUGCCAUUUGGACAGCUUUAUUUAUUGGGAAAUUCCGCCGUAGAGUCUCUAUCAGGUGCAGAGUACUCAAAGUUGACAUCGGUCAGAUCUGUGAUUACUGAAUUGAGGGAAAGACUUCAAUCACAUUCAAUGAAGUCAUAUCGAUCUAGAUUUCAGAGAAUCUAUGACCUUUAUAUGAGUAUUGAUUCCUCAUCUUUCUCUGGGAUUGAUCAGUUUCCUCAUCUGAAGCAAUGGCUUGGGUUUACAGCUGCUGGCACUGUGGAGCUUGGCCACAUAGUUGAGUCCCCUGUUAUUCGAACUGCAACCUCAAUUGUUCCUUUGGGAUGGAAAGAUGGACUACGAGCAAAAAAUGGAGAACCUCUGAAAGUUGAUAUUGCUGGUUAUGGGUUGCAUUUAUGUACACUGGUUCAUGCUCAAGUGAAUGGUAACUGGUGUUCAACUAUGGUUGAAUCAUUUCCUUCUCCACCAAACUAUUCUUCUGAUCAAGGAAUGCAGCCUGAGAUACAGAGGUUGAGAAUAUUAGUUGGUCCUCCACUAAGAAGUCCACCAAAACAUCAAACUGUGUUAGACUCAUUGAUGCCUGCUUUUUCUUCUGUUGACUCUGAGACUGCAAGUAGUUCAGCACCUGUUGACAAGGAUAAAUUCAUCCGUCCAGAAAGUUUAAAUAACUUUGUAAUAUUUUGCACCAGUGAUUUUACAACUGUUUCCAAAGAAGUUCAUGUGAGGACCCGCCGAGUACGAUUAAUUGGGUUAGAGGGAGCUGGUAAAACUACUCUUUUAAGGGCUGUCUUGAAUAAAUGUAAACCAAAUACUGCUGCCAAUGAUGAUGCUGUUUCAGAGGUUGUGCGAGAAGUUAUAGCUGAUGGUUUGUGCUAUUGUGACUCCAGUGGAAUAAAUACGCAGGAACUAAAUGUGGAAACCUCUCGCUUCAGGGAUAAACUGUGGCUUGGAAUACGUGAUCUAAGUCAGAAGACAGAUUUGAUUGUUUUUGUUCAUAACUUAUCCCAUAGCAUACCCCGUUGUAGUAAUUCAAAUGAUAAUCAACAAAGGCCAGUCCUGUCACUUUUCUUAGAUGAAGCUAAAACUCUUGGAAUUCCUUGGGUUCUUGCAAUCACAAACAAAUUUGCAGUUAGUGCACACCAUCAAAAGGCAGCAAUUGAGGCUGCUUUGACAGCAUACCAAGCAUCACCUGGCUCGGCUGAAGUUAUAAAUUCUUGUCCGUAUGUUAUGCCCGGAUUUGUUGGGGCUUCUAUUUCUUUGGAUGCAAUCAAUACAAAUUCUACUAAAAGUGUGGGUGCUGAAAAGUUUAUAUUUGCUCCUAUUAACUUCAUUAGGAAGCCUUUCCUUAAAAGGGAGAUUGUUUUUCCAGUAGAAGGAGUAAAUUCUCUCUGUCAGCAAAUUCACCAAAUACUCCGAAGUGGUGAGGAGUCUUCCUUUCAGGAAUUUGCAAGAGAUAGGCUUACGAUGGAGUUGGCACGAGAGCAAGCAAUGUCGAUUGAAGCAAGGAGAGGUGCUCGAGCAAAGGAAAAUUCAUUGAAUUCUGCUGCUGUGGGGGCAUCUGUUGGUGCUGGUCUUGGCCUUGUCCUAGCAAUUGUAAUGGGUGCAGCAUCUGCCCUCAGGAAGCCCUAAGGACCAAAUGGACCCGGGGCUCGCUCAACGGAAGUUGGAUCUUGUCUUCCCGGUGCUCAUAUAAUUUUUGUUAUUAGGAUUUCAUUCUUUUCCUAGAUAAUAGGUAUAUAGAUAGAAGAAAAGUAUACGAAGGCAAGUUUUAAUUUAUUUGUCAAGUUAGCAGCAUAUUUCACUCAUUUAUUUAUUGAAUUAUUUUAAAUUUCUUGAA